CUUCCCCUGGAGGGCCGGGCGUCGCGGCGCAUGCGCAGAAGGGAGCGGCCGAGCCGGCUCUGAGGGGUGACGAGGCGGCGGCGGCGGCGGCGGCAGCGAAGGAGGAGAGCGGCGGCGCCAUGAGGGCCGGGCGGGGGCUCCCACGUGCGCAGAGGACCCAGGACCCCAUGUGCUAACAGCUGCCGGCCAUGCUGGCCUGCCUACCAGGACCAGGUGACCUCUCCUUUCAGCUGCUUUCUUACCCGCAGAUGAACGCUGGGCUUCAGAAAUGGGACACUACACAGAAAAUGAGAGCCGCACAGCACCCUACUCCAGCAGAGUUGGACGCGUAUGCUAAGAAGGUAGCCAACCAUCCUCUGACGAUCAAAAUUUUCCCCAACAGCGUCAAGGUCCCCCAGCGGAAACACAUUCGCCGUACUGUGAACGGGCUGGACACUUCCGGGCAGAGGUACAGCCCUUACCCGCCGUCGCAGGCUGCUGUGAAAACCGGCCUCCUGGCCAUAGUUCGGGCCCCGGCCAAAGGGGUCGUCAAGGACUUUGACGGGAAGCGGACGCGCCUGCUGCCGGAAGCCAUGAUGAACCCCCCCUCGGCCCCCUACGCGGCACCCAGCACUUUAGGCCACCCCCAGGCCCUGGCCCGCCAGCAGGCCCUGCAGCAGCUCCAUCCUCAGGGGAUCCCCCCCGCCCUGCCGCAGCCGCACUCGCAGAACGUGGCCCACCCCGCCCUGCCGCAGCUGCAGCACCCUGCCAACCACUUGCUGCCGCCGCAGCCACAGCCCCCCCCGCUCGCGGGCGUGCACGGGGGCAGGAAGAUCGCGGAUGCCGACGCCCCCCCGAAUGUGACCGUCUCUACCUCAACGAUCCCGCUGUCCAUGGCUGCGACGCUGCAGCAGAACCAGCCCCCGGACCUGAGCAGCAUCGUGCACCAGAUCCACCAGUUCUGCCAGGCCCGCACGGGCGCCAGCGCUACCUCAGUGUGCGAGGGACAGAUCGCCAACCCCAGCCCCAUCAGCCGCAGCCUCCUGAUCAGUGCGAGCACCCGGGUGUCCGCCCACAACGUCCCCACGCCCCUGCCUUCCUGCGUGGUGAACCCCGGCGACCACGCCACGCCCGUCCCACCCUCUGCCGCCGCCAUGGGGGUCCCCCUGGGGAGCGUGAACCGAGCUCCUUCUGCCUACCAAAGCGAAAUGAAGCAGGUGGCGGCCUGGAAUCAGCACCAGCUCGCCCACCUGCAGCAGAUGUGCGGCGAGGCCGUUGCCCCCCCCGGGCCCCUGGGGAAGCCCCCGAGCCGAGAGCUGCCCGGGCAGCAGGGCUUUGCCGGCAAGGGGCCGGGCUACGCCCUGGAAUUGUGCAUGGCCCAGCCAUUUGGAGUGAAGCCUCCCCUGGAGAAGCCCACCCCCUCGCCUCCCCUCAAUGGCUUGCCGGGCCCAGUGCCCUUCGCCAAUGGGCAUUACUUCCAGCCCCUGUGGAAUAACAUCCUGCCGACGCCCAACAGCGACAGCUCCCAGGACCUGUCCCUGCCCUUCCACGGGGGCGGCGGCGGAGGGGGCUUGCAGACGAUGGGGGCGGCUGCCCUGGAGUGCACGGCCGCGCCCCACUGCCGAGCCGGGGCGGGUGCCCCCGGCCAGGGCGGCGUGAUGCAGACGAUGGAGUACUUGAGUGGGGACUUCCACCGCCCCUGCCUCCGGGAGCAGGGCGGGGCUGUGCUGAGCAAAGCCGCCCGCCCCCCCGCGAACCGAGGGCGCGAGCCCACGGAGAGCCGCGGCCUUCACCUCCAGCACCCGGGGUACAGAUGAGGCGGUGGCGGUGGCGAGGUGACUUUCACUCAGAGAAGGCGUCGAUCCUCGGGGUAGUUUGAAUUGGAGUUAAGAAGCCAGGUGUGUGGCUGUUUUCUAUUUAUCUUUUUUUAACUUGCAAACUUCCGUGAUCAUUACUGCAAACUGCUGAUGCUAGAGGUGACCUCCCUGAAUUCUGUGCGGCUCCCCCUCAGACCUGCCCUCCGCCAGCCUGUAUCAAAUGCAGAAAGCCCCCCCGGGUGCCCCCUCCCCCCCGGGAGUCUUGCUCUGCUGCCUUCUGUUAGGCAGGCAAAGGCAGGAGGCACGGGGCUUGGCUCAAGAAACACUCCGGGAAUCCCUUGCUCCCCGCCAGCAGCAGGUGGGCCCAGAGGGAGGAAGGCAGCUCCCCAGCAGUCACCGCCAAGGCCUUCUGAGUGGGGCUGCGCUAAGACCCCUGUUUCUCUUCCCCACACACUUGGGAGGCGAGAGUCGGGGUGGAGUGUGGGGAGUAGAGGCGCGUCCGUCUCAGCCUCUGGGAAUCUCGUGCCGUUGAGGCUGAGAGUUUCCCAGUGCGUGCUCCGAGGGGCCAGGCCCUGCUGACCUGCUCGAGGAGGGCCUGGCCGUUUCUGCUCGGGAGAGGAACCGGUGGGGUGCAUAAAUGGGCCGACUCCUCCGUGGCUGGUUGUCUGCUGGCAGCCCUGAUGGAGGGGAUCCCCACUGGGAGGCUGUAGCCCUGUCCAGGGCCCCGUCAGUGCCGGAGAAGCAUGCCUGCGCAGUCCCCCCUGCGCUCGCUCUGUUGGUGGGCUCUGGACCCUCCCGCCUUCCUAAGGGGGCAGGCAUGAGCUAGUCCUUUGGGGGGGAAAUCCUUGCACCCCUAAAGUUGAGUUCUGCAGCCGUUUUGCCCGUUGGGGUUCAGGUCCCAUUUGCUGCCCUGUUAGCUUGCGCCCAGUCAGCAUGCUCCCUUUGCCUGUGCAGCCUUCCCCCCCACCCAAAAAAGGCCAGAAGGUGAGCUCCAGAUGAUCACUGUCAAGUUUGGAAUUUAAAAAAGGAGGCGGCAAAGCCGACAGCUGCCUUUUAGAAUCCUCUCUGCACACUGGCUAAAGCAAUCACUGUACACUGUAAACUCGGACAUGUAAUAUUUCUGUGUGAAUGUUACCUGGUAGCGUGGGUCUGAGCUAGCACCGUGGGGGUGAGCCCCCCUCCCUCCCCUCCCCGGCACCCCACGCGGAGAGCGGCCACAGCCGACACCUUCAGCAGUCCUCCGGCUCUCCUUAGCAAGCGUGGGUUCAACACUAAAGCUCUCAGACAAAACAGCUUUGAAAUGAUAAUAAAAAUGGCACAUUUGCAACUAUUAAAAGUGAUGUCCUAGUUGGCUAGAGACUCUUAAGCCGUUCUGGUAAAUGGAGAAACCAGAAGCAGUUCGAUCCGUCUGUGCUUGAUUGAGGCGUGUCGUCCUGGGCCGUGGGGACCCCGAGGAGGAAGGGCUCCCCAGCUUAGCUGCCCUUGCACGCCAGACCCGCCGCGCCCCCCAUUUAACACCCCCGUGUCCCUCGAAGAGUGUUAGAGUCAUUUCUAGUGCUUUCACGCGCUCUCUCUAGAGCAAAAUUAAGCUUUCCAAAUUUUCUUAAUGUGUCCGUUUGCGUUGCCUUAACAGGAGCCUGGUCUCUUAACACCAAAUUACAGUGAAACACGAAUCCUAAUUUAUUAUUUCAGCUUCCUAGUUUCUGUGUGGGGGCACGAGCACACGGGCAUGCCGGAGAGGCCCGUGGCCUGCCCCUUUGCGGAAGAAGGGCUUCUCCCCCCGCCCCAGCACCAGCCCUCCCCCAACGCGUCUCCCCCACGGCCUAGAAAGGGGACUGGGCCAUCUCUGAUGUCUUCUCUCUCCACGGACACACUCGCUCAAUAAACCGGCUGCCCUGUGUUGCUGCUGGAAAGCCCAAACUAGACUGUUAGCCUGGCACUCAGGAUGGCGCCGGACUCUGCUCUCCUCCUCUGUGCUUACCCCUCGCCCCGCCUUUUGGGGUGGGUGGGGAAUAAUGUCCUGGGUUUCUUCCCCUUUCGUCCUUCCUUGGACAGGGAACAAAAUAACAGCCUUUGAAGUUAGGGAUGGAAAAUGAUUUUUUAACCCAGGCAAAAUAGGCCUUGUAUUGGUAAACCAGGGUCCCCUUUUCGCCCCGAUUUGGGUCCCAGGGUGGUGGCAUCUCAGCUUUAGGAUAUGCCUGGGUCCUAAGGUGCUGAGCUUAAAAAAGUCUCUGUGUCCUUAAAAGCCUGAACUUGAGCUUUCUCUGUCCCUCCAGCUUUUAUUCUCGGCCCUGUUUUCUUUCCCCUCGAGUUACCACCUUUCUCUGUCCCCCUUGCCUUGGCCUGCCAAGGAUAGCCUUCCUGGCCUGCCCAGGGCCCUCGGCCAUUCCAUCCUGCCUCCCCUGCUGCUUCUGCCCCGGGAGGCCAGGAUUUCCCACCCAGAAAGGGCCCGGCUCAGGCCUUUACCCAGCAGCCCCUUUCAGGCAGCACCCCUCCUGCUCCCCCAGCACCCAGGGGCCUGAAACUGCCCUCGACUGGUGGGCCCAGGCGUCCGCGCCCUUCCUUCACACUGACUGCGCCCAGUGGCCACUGGCAAGGAAUGGAGAAGGGGCACCCCUGGUUGUGGUGGUUUCCUACUCCCUGGCCUUCAUUAUGGCCCUUCCUGUAAACUGCUGCUCGUGUGCGAUGGGUAUCCAAAUUAGGAGUUUUGUUCUCUCACACUGUUUGUAUUUUAUUUUUUGUCUUCAGGAACAAAAAAUAAAAAGCGAAGCCAAAAAGAACCUUAAA